AUGCAUGCUCAGUCGCAACAAUCACACGCUUUAGAGGUAACUGUGUCACAGAAUCAGGCCAGUAGCCCGACACGAGCUGUAAAGCGUGGUAAAAUAAAGUUACAUGCAGAAGUAAACAACAAACUUAUUGACAAUGCUAUGGCCAAUUCAAUGCGAAACCAUGCCCCCACCGGGGGCAUGCAGCACAUGUUCCAGUUUACCUCAGGCGGCCAGUUUCCUCCUCAACAACAUUUCUCACGGUCACAAGUUAACAAUGCACCUUUUCAAUCUGAAACACAACAAUCGAUCAGCUCCCGCGUUUUCCAGAAUGUUCCGAAUCAAAACCAACUCGCUUCAAGUAGUUUCGAUUUCGUAAAUACUGUACCACCGGCACAGAAUAGUGGAAAGAAUAGUCAUGUGAACCCAACUAAACCAGCUGUUAACUUGCAAUCGCCGCGUCCUUUGCCGUCACCGAGUUUACUAGAGUUUGUGGCACAACCUUUUACUGGCCAGCCUAUUGAAAAAGUUCCAGAUAGAAACUCACAAACUACAGGAAAUGUCGCUACAUCCAACGGUGUGCAACAUAACGCGCGCAUCAAUUCCAUUGCUCAAGUGCAGUCGUCAUCUCAGAAAAAUAGUAAAACAGAACAUGGGUUCUAUCAGCAACCGCAGAGUCCGGGCCAGUCAGCAAUGGCUAGUCAUUUAUCUAUGAUUCAACAAGGUAUUUCUGGACAAAAAGGUCAGACAAGUAAUGCAGAACGAGUUCAGGCAGCUGGAAAUCAAGGUUCAAUGUCAGCAAAUCAUCAGACAGACAAACGAACUCCUCCACCAAUACCAACUAUUGGUCAGACAACUUCACCACCUAUACUAAGCCCAGUGUAUCUGGCGCCCCAAGUUACUUCCUCGCCAGAUACCAUCGUUAAAACAAACACACAUGACUUGUCCAUACUUCACCAGCUGGUGUCGGCCAGCACUGCAAAUACCACAAACCAAGAACCCAUUGCCUACCAGGCACCACCAAGCGCCAUGAUUAAUCAGAACAACGGACAGUCAGCGACUACUGGCAGUGGUAUCCUUCAACCCAUACAAGUUAGUGGGGGUACUACAACUAACAAUGGCCAGAACGCAUUCCUGCACCCAGUCACAGGAACAAGAACGAUGGAACCUGUUUUCGCGAGCCAGUCAAACGCACAGAGCAAUUCCUGGACAGGAAAUGCAUGGAACCAGGGCUCUAGGACUCAAAAUGCUAUUUCUCAGAUAAGAGCUACAGGGGAAUUAGUGCCGGUAUUUGCUAGUGAACCAAAAAUAAAUAAUCAAAACCAGCAAUCUAAUAUGGUUUCAGGCCCUUCUGUAUCUAACCAAUGGCAUGACAUGAGAUCGCAUUGGUCUUCUAAUGGACCACAGGGGUUCAAUAUAGCAGCGGUGCCUGCUACAAAAACACGCCAUGAAACAGUACAAACGGUCACCACCGGAUCAUCCACCAGUAGCCAAGAUCCAGCACAAGCCAUAUUUGAUGCCAUGUUCAAUAAGAAUAACCACAAAGCCAACAUUGAAACUCUCUCUGCGUCAACUGGUGGACAAAGUAAUAAUAUACCAGGUACAGCCAUGACUUCACAGGAUUUAGGACCGAUUUCAGCACAUACUGUAGGUGGCUCAAAUUCAAAUAACAUCGGUUCCAUCUCAGUCCAGGUUUCCGCCACGUCCUCGCAGAAUGGAAACACUCCAUCCCAUACAGUUCUAGCCACACGCAGUCACGACCCAUUGAUGUUUGGCGGUCAAACUAUUUCUGGUGAACAACCUCAUAUGCCGGGUCUUUCGUCGUCAUUAAACCAACAAACUGGUCAUAUCGGUCAUUCGUCGAUGAUGGAGGCAACCUUUCAAACGCCAGAACAACCAAGAGGGCAAUCUUUAACAGUGUUAUCGCAAGCGUACCUAAAGGAGCAAAGCAGUCCACAACAAAGGUCUGCACCUUCAUCAAUAUUUGAUGCAAUAACGAAUCCUCAUGUAGCUGGUCAGUCAACCGUACCAAACUCACAAAACAACGGUCAUGUCACACUCAACCAACGUUCUCAAUCAACUAACCUUGAAAUACAAACAACAGGUACAAACAACAUGGCUGGAAAUCAAAACUUCCAACCAGCAGCAGAUCCCAUAGAAAUGGCAGUUGGACCGGUAGCGCAUGCACAGAGAGGACACCAAAUAAUCAGCCAGAAUGAAAUCGGUAAAACAGGUCCACAAGUGACCAGCAAUCAAUUUAUAAUAGAUAGCCAACGCCUAAAUGUAAUCAAUAACCAAGGUGACCUAGGUAAGAAUCUUCAUAUUGCUAAUGCAGUACAACCUGUCCACGAAACACAGAUAGACGCUGUAAGCAAUAGUUUACCGUCCACAAAUGCCAUGACCUUUGUAAAUAUGCAUGGACAACAUAGCAACAAUCAGGUGAAUAAUCAACAUUCUCCGAAUAGUCAAGUAACCAACGGCCUAGACUUUAAUAGCCAACAGCAAAAUAGCGGUCAACAAAACAGUAACCAGAACGCAGAGUUUCAACAAGUAAAUAAUCAUCAGACCGGAAACAGUCAAUUAAAUAACAAUCUUCAGACCGUGAACAGUCAAUUAAACAACGAUUUUCAGACCGUGAACAGUCAAUUAAACAACAACCUUCAGCUCGUGGAUAGCCAAGGAAGCAACAAUCUUCAGACUGGAAACAGUCAAUCAACCAACAAUUUUCAGACGGGGAACGGUCAAUUAAACAACAAUUUUCAGACCGUGAACAGUCAAUUAAACAACGAUUUUCAGACGGGGAACGGUCAAUUACACAACGAUUUUCAGACAGUUAAUAUUCAAUUAAACAACAAUCUUCAGUCCGUUAAUAGUCAAUUAAAUAACAAUCUUCCGUCUGUGAACAGUCAUUUAAACAACGAAUUUCAGACCGUGAACAGUCAUUUAAACAACGAUUUUCAGACUGUGAACGGUCAAUUAAACAACGAUUUUCAGACCGUGAACAGUCAAUUAAACAACAAUCUUCAGACGGGGAACGGUCAAUUACACAACGAUUUUCAGCCCGUGAACAGUCAAUUAAACAAUAAUCUUCAGCCCGUGGAUAGCCAUGGAAGCAACAAUCUUCAGACUGGAAACAGUCAAUCAACCAACAAUUUUCAGACGGGGAACGGUCAAUUACACAACGAUUUACAGACCGUGAACAGUCAAUUAAACAACAAUCUUCAGCCCGUGGAUAGCCAAGGAAGCAACAAUAUUCAGACUGGAAACAGUCAAUCAACCAACAAUUUUCAGACGGGGAACGGUCAAUUAAACAACGAUUUUCAGACCGUUAACAGUCAAUUACACAACAAUUUUCAGACCGUGAAUAACCAAUUAAACAACAAUCUUCAGACCGAGGGCAUCCAAUUAAACACCAAUGAACAUAACAUGCAUAAUCAUUUAAACAACGAUCUGCAGACCAUGGAUAGUCAAUUAAAGAAUCAACAAGUUGACAACCAGCAGCUUAAUAGUUUGCAUAUCUCGAAUGAUCCAUUAAACAACAAUCUUCAGGCCUUAAACAGCAAUUAUCAAUUAAAUAUCCAACAAAACAGACAGCAGAUCGUAACUGAUCAGCAAAAAAACGCCAUUCAACCACUAGAUAACAAUCCACAUGUUCAGCAGACCGUGAAUAGCCAAUCACAAAGCAAUCAACAUGUUCAGCAGACCUUGAAUGGCCAAUCUCACAGCAAUGAACACAUGAACAGCCAGCAGAUAGCAAAUGAUCAACAUCAACAAUUUACGCAAAAUCAAAUAUCGAAAAGUCAACAUAUGCUAAAAAGUGAGUCAGGACAGCAAGUUGGAGCUAGUACAAACGGGGAAUCUGGUGUCCUCUCUACACUACAACAACAGGGACAGCAACAGCCAGACCAGCCGAGUCAUUCUGUCCAAAAUAUAAAGGCCCAAACAAGUGCCACUUUUGUCGACAUCGCUAGUCCCAGUGGCGAAACAAACAAGUCAAGUCUGGAUAAAUCAAGCCUACACGCAAAAGUUAAAACGAUGUUAGACGCUGGCUUAUCGCCAGAUGAAAUCCUACAUAUCUUCAAAGUGACAUCGAAUAAUUUGGCUAGUUCUAGUCUAUAG